CGAAGACCCCCUCAGUGACCGUGAGACCCUCUGGGGAAAUAAAGGAGGGCAGAUCAGUGACUCUGAGCUGCAGCACUGAUGCUAACCCAGCAGCUAAGUACACCUGGUUCAAGAACAACCAACCUCUGCUCUGGGGACCAAGUCAACCUCAUACCUUCCCCUCAGUCCGCCCUGAAGACAGAGGAACAUACCGCUGUAAAGCAGAGAACAAAUACGGACAACUGAGCUCUAACUCGAUAAUUGUGGAUGUCCAGUGUGAGUUGAAAACAUGCCUAAUAUGUAUACAACUUUUCUAUAUCUGGUCUUUCAAAAGACAGAGCUGUUAUUCAUGUAUUACUGCUUGCCUGUAAACACCUAUGACUUACUGCUGGUGCAGUUGCUGCUAAACACAGAUCCAUAACUUAAGGAUGGAUAUUGUUAUUUUAUGUUCAGAUCCUCCAAAGAAUCUCUCAGUGACCCUGAGUCCCUCUGGUGAAAUAAAGGAGGGCAGUUCAGUGACUCUGAGCUGCAGCAGUGAUGCAAACCCAGCAGCUAACUACACCUGGUUCAAGGAACAUGCAGUCUCAGUGGUGGAAUCAGGACAGACCUACACCAUCACUCAUAUCACUUUGGAGCAUGCAGGAAACUAUUGCUGCCAAGCUCAUAAUGGAAUCGGACUUCAUAAUUCCACCUUUUUUUUGUUAAUUAAAGGUAAUUGUUUAUUCAAAGGACACACAGAGCUUCCACACAGUCAAAGGCACACAGUUAAACAACAGCCUUCUUAUGUUGCAGUUUGUAAUCUGUGUUUGAAAUCCGUUUCCUAUGUUCCAGUGACAUCCUCAUCAUCACAGACAAUGGCAGCUUUAACACCCAUCGGCGUAUUACUGGCCAUUAUUCUCCUCCUCGUCAUCCUCUGGAUGAGAAGAAAGAGGGCCUCCAGAAAAGCAUGUGGACAGGGAGGAAGGCCAGAUACCGUGCUGGAGCCACUUCCUGGUCCCGUGUAUGAGAACGUCUCAGCUCUGACCAAUCGCUCGGCUCCUGCAGCACAGAGAGAACCAAUAGAAGAGCAAGAUGACCUUCACUAUGCCAGCAUCCACGCCUCUCGCUCAGAGAACCAGGAAGUGCUUCGCUGUCGGGCUGGCUCUCGUGUCCAAUCGGACCUGGCAGACGCAGUCUUUUACUCUGUGGUCAACAUUAAAACACCCAACGCUGUCCAUGGAGAAACUGACCAGACAGAGGCGGAGUACACUUCAGCGUUGUACAGCACUGUCAAAAAACACCCCGGAGUUUGAAACAGUUGUGGCAGCAGGAUUUAAUUAAAGGGACUAGGUAGAGAGUCGCAUCCAUUUAGUUAAACAGGUCAAUACGCUGGCUGCAUAUGGCGCUUAAUUACCUGGAGUGAUACAUGAUCUGAUGACUGUUGAAUUGAUUUGACUUAUUUACUUGAUUGUGUAUGUUCCUCUUGUGAUGGCCCCAGCGAGGCCACAUCUUAUCCAGGGCCUCUUUCUCUGGUGGAUGUAGCUCUGCUUCAUCGCUACCACCUGCUGGUUACCAGCAUGUACUGCAAUUGUGAGGGGAUGGCUUAACGGUACCACCUGCUGGUAACCUGAAUGUACUCGACCUGUGAGGGGAGCAGUGGCGUCACUAGGCAGUUUCAUCGGGGCUAAAGACCCUGAUAUUAUUU